UUAGUUUCUAGGUAUCAGAGAAAACGCAAUUUCGCUAAAUCAUGGACUGUGUUCUAAAUAUUUUUAAAAAUUAUAACGAUUGAAACUUUAUUUCCAAAUAAUCCCUCUUCAGAAUUACUUUUUCCAGAAUUCACAGCUAUCUAAUGUGUAUUUAGAAGUGAAGUGAAGUGGCACUGAUGGACAUCAUGCGUGUUUUAUAAUUGCGUGACAUUUUGUCGAACAAUUCUUAUUUUUCCAGCGAAUACUGCAUUCUUUCUGGAAUGUAACCUAUUCCAAAUGUUUAGUACUCUGUUUUUUAUAGAAUUAUUUUGUUGUCCAAAAUUCUCUCUGAAAUUUCCAUCCGUUUCUUUUCCUUAUUGAGUAUUCGAAGAAUUUUCUCAAUUAUGAAUACUUGGAUUUAACUGGAAUGAUAUGAAAUUUAAUUCAUUCCCGAACUUACAGCAAAGCAAUAACAAUAAAGUGAUUAUAAAUUGCAUAAAGAAUUAAUUUGCAGCGAAGUGUUACAGUAUCUGUUACUCUAAGUACCCGUUCGCCUUUCAUCUUCAUAAUUACGUUUCAAUGAAAGUGCAUUUAAAAAGGAAAUUUCAGAUUAUUUGCAGAUGAUAAUCGGAUGAUAAUUUAAAUGAUGGAUGUUAUGAAUGAAAGGGAUAGCAUAUUAAGCGAAGAACUACCGGAAUACCUUUUUUCAGAUUCCGAAUCAGAAAUGGGGACGGUGCUGGACGAAGGCCACGUGCCGGACCGCAUCUACGUUCAUCAGUUGAAUCUAACAACUGCAGACGUCAGGCGUCGCCAGAAGGAGAAAGAAAUGGUAGAGGAAGAAAAGCGUAAAGUUCAGGAGCUGAAAGAAAUCAAACGCAGACAAAGAGAAGAAGAAAAGAAAAGGGAUAUGGAAAUGCUACGCAGCUAUCAUCCUUGGGGUAAACCUGGAGCUGGAGCUAAAGGAGACGAUUCUAAGCGGAAAAAAUAUCCAGAAGGAAGAAUUCCAGGACCGGAAGACGACGAAGAAGAAAACAUGGAGGUUUUCAUUCGAAAAUUCGGGAGACCAGGAGCCGGUGCACCCAACAGAACAGAAUCUGGCAGAAUACGUACCCAGAUAACUGGUGAUCCAGAUAUCCGUUUUCAAGAUACUCAGGAUGUAAAGCUGAGCAUCGAAAAUCAUUUGAGAUAUAAAAAGGAAAACAAAGAGAACUAUCGAGGAAACUUGGAUGAAUUUAUACAGCAUAAGCAAAAGUUGCAAGAGAGAGAAAAGGAAUGGGAAAACCGAAAGCUGGAAGAAAUGAGGGAGCUUUAUCCUUUCGGCCGAGACAUUAACAAUGGUGGGUCAUAUCUAUCUCACACAGAUCCCCUCUUCAUGCCUACAAGACCGAAACGGAUAGAGAUCAAUGACGAUGAUUUUGAUCCUUGGGGCAAAGGCUUUGGAAACCCAGCAUGGGAUAAGAGAGGCAAUGUUCAAAGACAUAAAUUUAUUCCUUCAAGUGAAGCUGGAAUUCCAGACGAUCAGGCUGAAAAUGGUUUGAUCUUGGGAUUAAGACGCAACAGAGGGGGCGAUGGAGCUCCUCACUUGACGGAAAGUGGACAUCCAAGAACAAGACUUCGAAACACCCUCAAAAAUAUUAAAGCUAUGGGUCCUCACAUAGACGAUUCCAAUGAUCUAUACAAUCCAUGGGGCAAACCGGGAGCUGGAGCUCCUUUUGUAAGAGAAGAUGGAAAGCCUUUUGAAGAGAAAUUGGGGUGGUCACUGACGGGUCAUCCGAAAAAAAGGAGUAAAGAAGCGAAAAUGGAAUAUAAGAAUACAUUAGAAAAAGAAAUGGAAGAAAAGAAGAAAAAGGAUGAAGAGGAGCGACAGCAAAUUCAUGAACCGAUUGUUCGCAUUCGCCCCCCACAAAGGAUGUCCAAAGGAGCACCGGGCACAGAACUGGCCAGUAUUAUUCGCAAAGGAGUCGGAGGCCGACCGCGAAAGGAUCCCGUCACUGGAGAACUCCUCCCAAAUCCCCGACUUCUGUCAGAUGUCACCAAAGAGCGACUAGAUAUAAGAAGGGCAAAAUCUCAAGAAAGUCUGGUAUACCACAACGAACUGGCACAGCAGGCAGCCCAGAGACAGGAGAUGAGGCAGAAACAAAAACAACUUGAGAGAGCCCAAUCAGAGAAACAUAUCAGUACGUGGGAUUCCUUCUGGGGCCGACCCGGACAUGGAGCUCCAAGAAAAACCGAAAAUCAUAAAAAAGAAAAUCUAGAAAAUCUUUUAACAUCUCAAUCAGCCCAACCAUAUGUGAAACAUUAUGUUACCGAAAUAGUGCCCAGCAAACAUAAAAAUCGAUACGAUUUCCCAGCCCAGGAUGUUAUGGCUAUUAAGAGAGAGUAUGAAUUCCGAACACCCUUCCCAGCAACCGAGGCCUAAAAUCUUGAAUUCUUCAAAAUAUUGUCUUUCCCUUUUUUCUUGGCUACUACGGAAUAGACAUUCUCCAGGAACUUAUGAAGAUAUAAUCCUCCUUAAUGUCAAUAAUUAAACAUCAAACGUAAUUACUGAACAGAAUAACAGCAAAGAAAACUUCGUUGAAAUUCAUUUUGUUGAAGUUAAAAUGUGUGAUAAUUAAUGCUCAGUCAAGAAUUCAGUAUUUCCACUUGUUCAAUAUAUUUUUAUGUAAUAUUGAAUGCAUUUUUCAUUACCAUGCUUAAUACAGCAUUAUAAUCAGGGCCGGUGCCAGAGCCGAUGCAACCGCAUUGAGUGCUAGAAUUUAAAGAGCUCAAGGCUUUACACCUGGUGGCAAAAAGCCUACAGCCUGCCCUGGUUAUAAUCAAACUUCAUAUGAAGCGGUGAAAAGAAAUAUUUUUAAAAAGAUAAUAAAGCAACAAAAUUAUUUGUGAAAACCCAAGCAUGCAAGAGCAAAGGUAACAAUAUUAUAAGAAGGAAAACAAUAAAAAUAGAUUACAAAUGGGAAAGCGUAAUACAGUUUGCAUAUUUAGUCAGGUAUAAACAAUGUAACAUUUAACACUGCAUCACUUCUUUUUAAAAAUAAUAACACAAGCAGCCCUCGACUUUCGCAUAAUUCACACAUUUCUAAAAAUUCACUUUUUUAAAGAUUUUUGUCGAAAUUGCAAAAACUGUUUGCUACCAUACACUUACACUGAUAAGAAUGGUACAUCACUGGAAUUCUGGGGUUCGAAAUUCAACCUCCAUCGAGAAAUAGUUCGUGCUAGCACAUUACCAAUAAAUAUUAAUGAUACGAAAUUUAAAACGUAAUGCCGCAAGAAUUUUCUUCAAACUUCCAGAAAGACAAGUUGUCGAGCUGGUUACUGUGUUAAUGUUUAAAGAUGAGUUCCCUUUUCCUUUCGUACUAGGAGUUAAGCAAUAUUGUACAUAUAAAAGUUUACAACUGAAGCAUUAUUCAUCUUGAACAAUGCUCCAGGACAUCUAAAAUCCUGAUUUUAGAUCAAAAGAAUUUAUAUCCUGAAAUCAAUGUUGUGUUUCUUCUUCCCAAUACUUACCUGCCUCUUACAGCCCAUGGAACAAAGACUCAGUUAUGCCUAAACGAUAUUAUAUGAGGACAAUAAUGAAUCGAGUCAUUAAGGCAACUAACAUGGAAGGUAAGCCUACAUUAAGAGAUUUUCGAAAAGCUAUAAUAUAUAGAAUGCAAUAAACAACAUUGGGUUGAAAUAAAAACAGUCAACAAUGAAAGGUUCCUGAAAACAAUUAUGCCCACAAAUGAUGAAUAAUUUUAUAAAUUUUGAAGAAAUUCCGGAACCUAUCCCAGAUGAAGUAGAUAGCCUAAUGAAUGUACUGUAGUUGGACAUCAGCAAUGAAAAUGUUAAUAAGUUGAUUGAACCUCUCCCUCAGUACCUUUGUCAAAUGAAUACUUAAUUGAGGAACAAAAGUUAAAUGAAAUACUCACUGAAAGCGAGUGAAAAGAAGCUGAUGGGUGAUUUCAACUAACUCUUGACAAGUUUAUAAAGAAAACACCUUCAAGCACUUAAACAUGCCCCGUUAAUUUAAUUAUGUAUCUUGAUAAAUAUAUGUAGUAAUAAAAUAAAUAAUAUUAUUGGUAAAUAAAUGUGUUAAAAUAAUAUUUUUAUGUGUUAAAUAUGUUAAAAUACAAUUUUUAAUGUUUUUUACAUCCCUAUACUUUCAAACAUUCAACAUUAGCAUAUAUUUUCAGCACUUAAUUAUGCGCAAAAGUCGAGGGCCACCUGUGUUCUACUGAAAGGAAUCAGCAAAGAAAUUUUGCAACAUCUGAAAUAUGAAAAUUAAACAAAAAUGAAUUUAAAUAUAACCUACAUGUAUUAUACACUCAACUGACAGAUUCAGAAAAUUGCAAAGUAGUUCCAAUACUAUCACACAACAGUAUCCAGUUUAUGGAGAUUAUACUCAAAAAGUGGUUAGGUGAUUAAAUAAUUGAUUUAGGCAAAGCAACUCGAUGCCUGGGAUGACUCGUGGAGGACCUUUUAAGCGAAAUUUUCUAGCAUCCAUGCUAUGCAUGGGGAGGAAAAACAAAAACCAACCAUGCAGCCAGCCCAUUUGCCAGGAUAUGAUCUCAAGUCAAGCUACCACUGUUUAGCAAAUUUAUCUCUCAGCCGCUGGUGGGCAUAUUCAGAAACAGACAAUAUGUGCAUUAGUUCGCUGGGAAAAGAUAUAAAAAUAUAGGCAAUCUGCAGAAAGAAACUGCUAAAAGAAGCAAAAUUUAUGAGUUCCAGACUAUACUGCAGUAAGGUACUGAACAGAUGGCAAAUCAAUCAUCAAACUAACUGCUAUUAUUUGAUCAUUCUGUAGAAACAAAUGGCACAGUACACUGGUGUGAAGGCAUGAAUCUUCAAAACCCCAUUAUUCAGAAUGCUUACUGACACUGACUGACUAUGCACUGUCAUUGAUUAUAAAAUUCCCGUCUAGCGAGCAAUCAUUGAAUCUUUUCUAAAAUGAAUCAGAUAUUCUUCCAUCAAAUCAAGCCAUACAGUAUUCCAAACUAGCAACAAAUUCAUGUUUCAUUUAUUAGUUAUGUUAGUGUCAAACCGAAUUAUGCCAAUAAUCAAUAAGCUUGCUAUGACAGUUCUUCAAAACAAGUGAAGUGAUUAUGGGAUAUGCAGCUGGUUACAUAAUCAUUAUUUUCCUUAUUUAGAAAUGAUCAUGUGAUAGCUGCUUAUAAAAAAGAUUUUAUUUAAGUGGCAGAGUAUAAUAGCUGAAAUGACUUUGGGCCAUUACAUUCUUCAUUAAAUCUCCAGUCUGUUGUUGUGACUAAUCUUGCUCAUCUGACAUCAGAACAAGCCCAUGAUAUUCAUCAUAGCAAGGAGUAGGAAGAUUACGCCUGCCAUUGGCAAGGGCCUUGAGCACCAUAUAGGUGACAGUAUGAUUUUGCCCAGUUGUCCCCCCUCCAGUUUUGAGGAAUAGCACCCUGGGAUGGUCUGAGGGAAUCCCACCUCUCUUCCCCUAUCACCAAUCCACACGAGAGGACAUUCGGCACACCAUAUAUUUAGAGUGCCCCCAAUGUCAUGAAGACAUUAUACAUUUAAAAAUAUCCAUCCACACUUCUGUGGGAUUCAAACAAGGGCGCUUUGGUAUGGUAGUUAUAACUACUAUCUUGUUUGGACAGCAAAUUUCCCAUCUUUUGAUCAUGAUUUAAGUCAAAUCAAACUGAUGUGAUUGUGAAGUUAACUGAUCAUUUGGUAAAUAGAAAUGAUUAUGUGGUAAUUAGCAGGGCUUAAUUUCUAAAAUUAGAAGUGUCUAAGCUUUGUGGAAAGCCAUUAGAAAUUAUGAACAAGAAUGAAUUAAAUAAUAAAGCAAUAAUGUAGAACUAAAAAUUAAAUGUAAAGAAGUAGAUUAAUAAUAAUGAAUUUUCUAGUAACAUUGCAAAUUAGUUAUUAAAAAAAUUUAUAGGAAGUUACCUUACUUUGGCCUCUGGCAGGAAAUUAUGAUUUCUCUUAAAAAACUGAGAAGUACCAGAGAUGGGAUUUAACAAAUUUAAACCCUGCCUGUAAAAGUUAUGUAUUCUUUUGUCAGAUGGCAAAGCUGAGAGGACUUACAGCUAUUGUAUUUUUUAGCAAGAAUUCUGUUCUUUUGAUCAUGGCUGAAAUGAAUGGAGUCAAAUUGCUGCACUGAAACCUACAUAAAUUUCAGUUACAACAUAUUGCUUGUAUCACAAGAAAAUUAUAGCACUACACUCCUGAAAGUUUUCAGGUAUUUAAAGUACAAGACAUAAGCAUCCUCAUCAAUCUAAAUGACUGCAAUAUUAAAAGACAUUAAUUAUGGAUAUUAUUACUAUUCAUAUAUUGCAGCAUUAAGCUAUCAACUUCUAUUAUGCACACAAUUAAGAUUACUGAUUCUAGAAAUGAUAAUUUAAGUGUUACGGCAGUUACAGUAAUUUGAAUAUUUCAUGAGUAAAUAAAUUUUAAAUGUUAGAAUGAAGCAUAUUUUGCAAAGUUAUAUUAAGUUUUUAUGGAAGUUUUGUCAAUUGGCUGCAGAAUUUUGUUUUAACAAAUGCCUUUAAUAAAUUAAAAGAAACCUUAUUAAAAAAUAAAUAAUAAUAAUGACUCUUUAAAAAAUACAUUACACACUCAUUUAAGAAUUCUGUAAGACUCUACCAGCUUUUUUUAAAAAAAAAAGUUAGCUUUUACAUUAGUAUUUUCUUGACAAUACAGCUCAAGAAUUAAAAACCAGUCUCCAGUCUGUGUAAAUCAUAAGCCUUCUAAUGAUUUAAACUGAUGCACACCUUGCCAUUUUCAGAAUCUAUUAUUAAACAAAAUAUUUGGUUUUCAUACAAAUUAAGUUACUUACUGGCAGAAAAGAAAACAAAGUAUGUAGCAAAUAUCCAUAGCUUUGGUCAGAUCUUUGACAUUUCUUGGUAUAAUUCAUUAUAUAAAUAUAUAUUCUCUGUAUUGUCAUUUACUAUAUGGAAUACUCUUAAUAUUAAAAACUGUAUCUAUGGGAAGCUAUUUGACUUUUCUUAAAAUGCCAUUUAUGUUACAAAAUUAGUAUAAGUAUUCAUUUUAUUUUUGGGGACAAAAAAAAAUUGUUAUUUAUGUUUUUUAAACCUAGUAAGAUAAUGUAUUACAAUAGAUAAUGUUCUCAUGAAAUGUUUUUAGUUUAUCACUCAAAUCCUUUUUAUUAAAUGUGAGACUAUACCUACUAUAGAUAUUACAAAGAUUGUUAGUCUCCCCACCUCAUAAUAUUAGUUGUAAAACGUUAAUAAACAACUACUGAUCUGUUAUGUCAUUGUUUAAGAUGCUACAUUCAGUAUGAAGUAUUUCAUAUGCUUGUUGUAAGGUUAGCACAAUAAAGAAUUAAUUUUAAUACUGAUAUCAGUACAGAGGUGUAAAUCGGUGUUAACAAUAAGUAAUUUGUAAAAUACACUCACUAAUUUGACUAAAACAUACACAGAAAGACUGAAAUAAAACUUUUCUGGAGUGGUUCAAUGAAGGUAAAUUAUACAGCUAACAAAGUAUGGAAGAAAUAACUUGGUCAUAAUUUUAAAUGUUUUAUUUUAUGCUUUUAAAGGAGAUAGGUACUACUUUUAAAAGUCUGUUUACUUUACAAUGAACAGAUUUUCAAGAAGAAAUGCGAUAGGAUCCUUUUAAUUUUAAAAGCGACCCUUAUACUAUAAAAUACUCAGAAGACAAUAAAUAUACUAAUAUAAAAAAAAAAAA